AUGAAUUCGUAUUUGGCAUUGGUUCCUCGCGGACUGCAGCAUGUGGUCCAAUCCAUGUUGCACGAGCAACUCACGAGGGACGGCCGGUCAACGAUGACGGUGCGUGUGGACGUUGUCGGUCAAGUGGAGUACGACUACGGUGCCGAUGGAGACCGUGACGAGAGCGAAGCCAAGUAUGCCCAACAGAUGCGGGACAAACUAGUCGCUCAUCAGUCCUCGCAACAACGCAAAGGCAAAAAGCGAGCUCGACAGAACGAAAGCACGGGGACUGCCACCUGCCGUGCACCGACCGGAACGAUGCACAUCGAUCAGACGUCCACAUUGAGUGUGGGUUACGAUGAUACACGUAUCGUUUGGAAUACUCCGGGAGCUUUGCAAGGAGUUGUGUGGCUGCGUAUUGUCACAAACGCGACGACAACUUUGGUAGACAGUCUUCGUUGCGUUGGGCCACUGUUGUUAUUGGUGGAUCUUUGGGAGGAGCAGAACGUGAAUAUCAGCGAAUCGCAAUCGAUCGACCAGGCUUUACAAGUCUUUCAACAACACUGUAAGCAAGACAUGUUUGACAGUGUUUUGCAGGUUUGGGAACGUGUCGCAAAAAGAAUCGAUACGGAAUCGGCUUUCCGGGAAGGAGCCGGUACGGUAUCGACUGAGCUGCCUCCGCAACGACACUUUGUCAUUCCCGACAAGUUUGGCAAGACUUGGAUUGUGGAUUUGGAGAAUUACGAUAUCGAAAUUGUGCUGCUCCUGCGUUCGAACCGUGUCGCAAUUGGCCUGGCCACACGACCCUAUCAAUAUCUGGGAGCCAAGUCGUUCGACAAAGGAGCUCUUCCCCCGGAUGUAAGUAGGCCCUAUCUUUCCGGUCAAGUCUUGUCGAAAGUUUUGCGACUACGCCCUAGUACGGCACAAAUACUGCUGCAUCAAGCAAAGCUACAACCUGGUGAUGUCGUUCUUGAUCCGUGUGUUGGCAUUGGAACCAUACCCCUGGAAGCGACGUUGCAAGGCAUCCCAGUUUACGCGGUCGGUGGAGAUUUGGUUCUGGGUCACAAUCAGCUGGGGCCCAUUGCUGCCCGUUACGUCCGCGAAUGCCGCACUGUACAACGCACAGAGAGUCAGUCAUCCGGUGCCGCGGACUUGCUUGUCUGGGACGCAUGUCUCGUACCCAUGCGUGACGGAUGUGUGGAUGUGAUCGUACCUGCCUCAGUAGCGGAAAACUAUCCCAAAUGA